UAAAGCGGAAGAGUAUAGUAACGACGGCCACAAGGAGUAUUUGUGUAGAUACAUGUGACGUCACGGGUACGAAAAAAAGGAUCGGAGAAGGAUUUCAAAAUGGCGUCAACGGAGGAGAGUUCAACGAAAAGUGAUGGACAACUAUGGACGGUUUGGGCAGAAUCUAUCGAUUGUCAAACACUUGAAAAUGAGGACGACGAGACAGAAGAGGAAAAGAAGAAACGGGAAAGCGAUGCUAUGAAGUUAAGACAAGAAGAUAUGCCCUUGUUUGGAUUUUGUCCUGCCUGGGAUGAAUUUUAUUUAGUAGUCUGUGAAUUGUGUGGUUAUGUUGUUAAACCACAAGCAUUAAAGAAUCAUAUUGAAUUACGUCAUGGAAAUAUUACUUUGGCAAGGAAUGAAAGAUCUGAAUCUGUUGGACAACAUUCAAAAACUGGAAUCAGUAACAAGAAUAGCUCAUCAUCCUGUCAAAUGGCCGUAGUUUCAGGUCGCACAUCAUCUAAUAUAUCACAAAGUAAUAUAAAAUCCAAUUCUCCAAAUCAUCCACCUUCCAGGUCUCAUAUAAAACCUAGUAGUAGCCAUUGUCAUGGUAACUCCUCCUCCAUCCAGUUAAAUAGUUCACAUAAUGCUGUUACAAAUUCAAGAUCAAAAUCAGAAAAUCCCAAUAAACUGAAAAAGAACAACUCUAUGGCACCAUUUGUUAGAGUUGAACGGAUGCCAGAUGAUAUGUUAAAAACAAACUCAGUUCAUGCAGUAAAUUCUUUAUCAACAGAUAAAAAUGAGUUACCAUCACCUCAACAACCACCACCAAAUAUUAAUAUAUCUUCUUUAUUAAAUGUUUCUAAUUCUGGAAUUACUUCUGGACAUGCAUCUCCUUCCCAAUUAUUGCCUUCCAGUUUUUCUUGUGCAAUAGACUCUGGAUCUUCAAACAGUACUGUGCCCUUAAAUUCAAUGGGAGGUGAUAGUUUAUCUGGUGGUGUGAAAAAGCAAUCAGGAUCAAGUAAGAAUAAGAAGGUCCCCAGGGAGAGGAAACUGUUGCUAUGUAAAGAUCGUGAAUAUGAUCCAAAUAAACAUUGUGGGGUAAAAGUUGCAGAAACUGGGAAACCAUGUACUCGUUCCUUAACCUGCAAGACUCAUUCGUUAUCAUUACGAAGAGCUGUUAUAGGAAGGAAAAAGAAUUUUGAUGAAUUAUUAGCAGAUCAUAGAGCAGCGAAAGAAAAAUCAACCCAGCCUCAGGUAUCUAAUAUUUCAGAACAUCAAACAAACAGUAGUUGUCAGAUAUCACAAGUUAUACAAGAUUCCAUAAGCAUUCCAAAUUCUUCAGUUCUAAAUUCAAAAUGUGGAUCUGGAACUAAAACUAAUAAUUCUGGUUCAGGAUUACCAAAAGCAGCUAAUAAACAAGUGCUCAAAUCUGUUAAGCAUGCUUCUAAUAAAGCAACUUCACCUGGCAUUCCAGUAAAUAGGCCUUCAUCACAUAGUGGAGAAUUAACAAAGCCUCCAGUGCCACCUUCUGAAACUCACAUUCAACAACGACUACAGGAAUGUGCAUCAGAAACAAGUGCCCCAAAGAUUUCUACACAAGAUUCUCACCAUAUAUCUCAUCAUCCAAGGCCUGCUGCAUUAUGCACAUUUGGUCUUCGUCAGUUAGGUGAUGGCUUAUUUCUUUUGGACAGAAGAUGGGAUUUACCUCGAGCAGCAUUCAGAGCAGCUGUUCAUACAGAAAGAGCAAGUCAUCCUCCACCUUUAAAAAAAUUGUGUGUAGAAUCGAGGUUACCACCAGUUCCAGAACCUGUUGAUCCUAGUGAUCCAUAUAGUUUUAGUUGCUCUGAGCCUGCCUCUUCACAGCCUUGUAAAAAUCUUAAUGCAGUGAUGGGAGAAAUGAAGACAGUUAUUUCUUCACCUAUUCAUUCUGGGUUAUCCCGUCCUACAAUAUCAGUGAAUAAUAAAUCAUCAUUAUCAAAUUCAUCAAUAACAACUGGGUCCAAACCACCACAUUCUAAAUCUGUAUCCAAUAAAAUUAAAAUAAGAGAGAAGACAUUUAAUGCAAAUAGAAAUGGUUCUACUAAUAAUAAUAACUCCGCGAAGAAGAAACGAAACACUUUAUUGACAUCAAGUUCAAAUGGUGGAAGUAAUGUGGCAAGAACAUCUAGUGUGUCUACCUUUCAAUCAACAACAAGUGCUGUUGCUCUGCCUCCACAAAUACCCCUUCUUCCUCUCACUAUAGGAGACCAUUUAGGAGCUCUAUCACAACUUCAGGUAUCGACUCAUCUCGUAACUAAUCGCAACAAUCUUGCAUUAUCUCCUGCAGUUGUUAGAAGUCAGAAUGUUUCUGCAACUUUACAAAGUGGAACAUCAAAUAGGGGAACAAAAGAUAGUAAUAGUGUUGUGGUUACAGGGGUUGAUAUAUUAAAUGGUCAGUUGCCAGUUACUAGUGCUCUUUUACAUUCUGUUACAGUCAGUAGGCCAUGCAGUGCAAUGCCAACACUUCUAGCAACACCAAGUGGUCUAGGAAUAACAGUUGGUGCUGCAGGAUUACAACUUUCACAGUUACAAAAAAAUACAAGUGGGUGUGAAACAGAACUUGGAAAUUCAAUAAAUUGUAAAGGUAGCAAUAAAAGUUCAAAUAUAGCUACAACAGUGUCUGGUCCAAACAACAAUGUUACUACUAUUUGUACUACUGGUCCAGUGUGGAGUAGUGCCAAAAGUAAAACAAAAAUUCGUAAACCUAGUACUAGUAAACCAACAAUGAUUGUUAAUCAUACAGCGACUGUUACUCAUGCUUUAAACAUGGGCCUACUAUUAGAAAGUUCAGGAAAUGGGAACUCAAAUAAUGGAGGAAUUAAUAAUCAUACAUCUCCUCAAACAUUAUCAAGUCCUUCUGCAACUACAAGCCCACUUUUACGCUCAGAUUCUGUAAGUCCUCAGGUGCCUGUAUCUUCUCCAUUGCAUAAUGGUCUGGGACCUUCACCACCACCUUUUCUAAAUCAGAAAAGUAUAAGUAGUAAUCCUUCAGGAACAAGCAUUUCUAAUCAUGCUUCAACGAGUCCAGCAUCAAGGACAAGUACACCAAGUCCAAGUACAGACCUGUCUUCACCAGGUAGCACAGGUAGUGGACCAAAAGGAAGGGCUAAAACAGACAUGGAACUGGAAGGAAGAGAAAAGAUUGAGGGAUGUGAACAUUACAGUUAUCUUGGAAUACAAAUUCAUCAAUAUGAAAGAGAUACAUUAGAAAUUAAUACAAGAUUAGCACAAGAGGCAUGGAGAAUGACUGGGGAAGAGAAGAGAAAAGUUGAAAUGGAUGCAUUGAGAAGAUCAUGCAGAAUCUCAAAAAGAGAAAGAAUAACUAAUGAGAGAAUCAAAGACCUAAUGGGAUUGAAGGAGAUGGUUUUGGAAGAAAUAAAGAGGAAACAACUUAUUUUGUUUGGACAUGAUUCUGUAAGUCCUCAGGUGCCUGUAUCUUCUCCAUUGCAUAAUGGUCUGGGACCUUCACCACCACCUUUUCUAAAUCAGAAAAGUAUAAGUAGUAAUCCUUCAGGAACAAGCAUUUCUAAUCAUGCUUCAACGAGUCCAGCAUCAAGGACAAGUACACCAAGUCCAAGUACAGACCUGUCUUCACCAGGUAGCACAGGUAGUGGACCAAAAGUGAAAAGUUCCAGUCGGCAUUCUAGUAAUAUACAGAAAUUGGCAGUGACAUCAGGAAGUGGUCACGGUACAUUUCACUUAUCCAUGCCACCACCGGUCAAUUUAUCACCCUUACCUGUGGUUACGGCGGGUACUCGACCCUCUCCGUCAAUUACGUACCAGCAAGUAUUUACAAGCCAGAUGCUCACAUCAGCCCAACUCAGUCAACUUCAACUACAAACAGUAGGAAAACAUAAUGCUAAGUCAACAUCCACAAGUUCUGGUCCCUCCUCAUUGACAUUGGCCACUGCCACAAUGCCUUUAAAUUUUCCAGGAUUGCUAACUACUUCUGGUAUAGUACCAACUGUAUCAACAACCACCCAGAAGCAGCAGCAACAUCCUUUGUUAUUAAAGAAUGAAGAAACUAGAAGGACAGCUGUACAAAUGCAAGGUUCGCCUUCCCUGCCCACUUAAUAUUGCCUUUUUCCUAUGUUCCUGGGGAAUGUAUUUCAUUAGGUGUUAUAUAGUAUUGAAUCAACAUCAGACCAUGCAAUCAUAAAAGGAACUAAGUCAGUUUUUCCACUUGUUUCAUCAUUUAUUAAAUGGUGUCAACAACCAAAUUAACUUUCCAUGAACAUUUCUAAUAUAUUGUUAUGUAUCUGGUCUUAACAUUUAAAUCACAGAAGAAUUUGAAGCCUCCAAAUUUUGUGGUUGUGAUGUUCACAGAUCUGGCACUGCAUUGUGCUUAUCCCAAGUCAUUAGAAGGAUUGUGUUUUACAAAAAUUGGAUAUGAUGUACAUAUAUAUAAAUAUAUAUGUAUGUGUGUGUCUGUGUGCAUGAAUGUAUGCUUGUGAGUAUGACUGCACACUUGUUCUUCUGAGUAAAUCUAAAUAAGUGUGAAAUUAAAUGCACAUAAGCAUGUAUGAAUGAAUAUUUGUAAAUCAUAUAUUAUGUGUAAAUGAAAGAAAAUUGACUGUUUGAAUUCCAGCUCAGUGUUCAUCAGAGAAUUCAUUACAAAAAUCCUGAUAACUUUUUUUAUUGAACUAUAAUGGAAACGAGACUAUGCCUUAGAGAAUGAACAAUACGGACAUUUUUUUCUUCCAACAUUGUAUUUAUUAUGGAAGUUAUCAUGUUGGAUAAAGAUAAUUAAUCUGUUGUCACAAGAGACUUGGAUGUGAGAAUUCACUACCUAAGGCCUUGUGUAAGUGGUAUGAAUUUGGUAUAUUCAUAAAAAUUAAAAAGUGUACAGAAACCAGAAUUGUGAAGUGUAACAUAUUACAAUGUGUCAGAUUACAAAAGAAAAUGUUAUUUGGGCAAGUAAGUUAUUGUUGUAUAAACUUUGGUCCAUACUUAUGUAUGUUACCUAUUCAUAUGAUCAAGAGAGCGAGGAAUUAUGUGAAAGUUAUCUAUUCUACUAUUCUAACAGUUAUUUUAUAUUGGCUUGCAGUGAAUGGUACAUAGGAACAACAUAAACAUUCUUUCACAUUUUGGUACACUUUACAUUUUUAAGUUUUCAACUAAAUGUUAAUUUGGCAAAUAAAUAGAAAUUAUUUAUUAUAUUUGCAUUUAAUUUAAAGUUUAAAUAAAUUAUAAACUAUUUUAAUUUCCUCUUUUUAAGAUAUUUUUAUAAAAAAAUAAAAAUAACUUUAAUACUGUAUUUCAAAAGAAUUGAAACUGCCAAAUACUAACCAAUAUCAAACUAACAGAUAGGUACCCCCAUUUAUGUUGCUGGUAUUUUAAAUCCAGCUGUUUAGUUCCUGUUUAAUUUACUCAUAACUCCGAAAUAAUUGUCAUCUUUAAGUGUUACCUCUCAUUCAUUGUCAAUUAUUGCAUGUGAGUAGUUGCCUUGUCUUCUCGCUUGAGUACCUUUCUCAGAGGUUAUUGAAAAAAUAACUUAUAUGUAAAUGAAGAUUAAAUUGUUAGUACUAAACCACUUUCUUUUGUAAAUGCUGUGUAUAUAAUAAAGCCUAUUUAUCUACGUUUGUGUAUAAAAUUUGGAGUGUAGACAUUUCAUGGAACAUUGUGUGGUUUAUUAUGAUGAAUCACAUACAAAAAAAGAACAUGCACUAUCUUUAUGGCAAUGAUGAUUUUUGGAAAACAUUGUAGUGUAUUGCAAAAUGAAUCAUUCAUUUGUUAGAUACAGUCAUUUGUCUUCACUUAAAUUGUCCUAUUUUAUGACUGUACAUGUACUGACAUUUGGUCAACAGAAAUCUAAGAAUGCAUGUGGAGUGAGUAUUUAAACUGUUGCUGCUGUUUGUAUUAAAACUUACAAAAUGAAAUACAUUUUUAUAC